AUGGCCGACUUUGCUACUACUGUUGCAGCAACUACUACUGCAGUUGCUACUGUUAUUUCGAGUCCUCCGCCCUCCCAAGACGAAGUCCAAUCCGCUGAAGUAGUAGUCGAGGAAGGUAAGGCAAAAACUCCUGCCGCGGAUACUGAUAAGACUGCCACCACAACGGAUGAAACCAAAAAUAAGGAAACCAACAAGGACGAGACCAGCAAGGCUGAAACCCAAAAGGAUGAGCCCAUGAAGGUUGAUAGCGAUAUCAAGAAGGAGGAUAUCAAAGAGGACGAUACCAACAAAAAGGACGAUACGACAGGUACCAAGACAACCCCAGACUCUACAUCGACUGGGUCACCAGAGCCAAUUGCUGCAAAAACGUCACCUGAGAUUGUUCCAGCUAAAGAUGUACCUGUUGAGCCUACCACGACAGCGAAACAAGAGAAACAACCCGAGGAUAAAUCCGAACAAAAGGAAGAAAAGAGCGCUGUCGUAACUGAAUCUUCAUCAGCUGUCGAUAACAAGAUUGAAGAAAGUAAACCCGCGGCGACUGAUGAAACGCCUUCAACAACCAAAGAAACGACUACAACUCCAACCCCCCAAGAAACGACUACAACUCCAACAACCCAAGAAAAAACUCAAGAAGAAACAAUUCCACCGCCUCCACCUCCAACAAAGACAAAAGUCACUACGACUACGGAAGUUACACCUGACGAACAACACAAGAAUAAGGCACUUCCAGAAACGCCAGAAGACGUACGUGAAGUCCCGGCUACUAGUGGAGAAGGCACUUCGGCGCCGAGCGGUGGUGAAGAAAAGACUGACGACGCAGCGAAAGGCGAGAAGAAGCCUAAAUGGAAGAGCAUUCUCAAGAGAGUUAAAAAUUUUUUUAAUGAGAAAGUGUAA